UCUGAGAAAAUAGAUGUUGUCGAUAGUGGUCAAUAUAAUGAAUUUGGUUGGGGCAAGCAUUGUUUUGAUAUCACUAUGCAUUCUUUGAAGGGUAAGAUAGAUUCUGGUUAUAAGAGGGUAGUUCGUAGUGACGAGGAUGGUGGGUAUUACAGGUUAUUGGGUUUUCCUUUGGCUAUUCAAUUCUGGUUUUUCGAGUGUUGCCCGUACGUUAUUGGGAAACUGUCGUUGUACUCAAAUGUUGGCAUUCCAAGGAUUUUGAAUUGGCCUAAAUUACCCAAGGACAAGGAGGGUCAGAUGAAAAUGGAUGUCAUGAACACCCUCAUUUUCGAUCGGUCUUUGAAAGAGUUAAAAUUAAGAAACAUCACUCCAACUUCUGUUGAAAGAUUGAGUUUGAGCCUUACUGAUUUUUUCUCUGGUGAGACUACUCCCGAUGCUGUCAAAUUCAAAAUUAAAGGUGGUUCCAAGCCUGCUAGUCAACCUGGCUUGAUGGGUGCUUCUUCAUCAUCUGCUCAUGAGAAUGUCUCCCGAGUUGAGUUUGAGGAAUUUAAAAAGUGUCUAUCUAUUGUUGUCAGCCAGCAAGGGAUACUUAUGAAAUCUGUUGCUGAGAUGAACAAGAAGCUGGACAUUCUUGCUGAGGUGUUUUUUUAAUUGUCAUUACUUUUUCUGUUAUUUUUUUAGUAGUGUUUUUAUGUUGUUUUAUACAGUAAAUUAAUUUUUUAAGUUUUUUUUGUUCUCAGUCAUCCCAAGGUGGUCUUACUCACACUGGAUCUCAGUCUGAAGAUGCUCUUCGUUCUUCAGAAAAUGAGGAUGAUGAAGAUUCCACUUCGGAGGAAGACGAGGAUGAUAAAAUUGACGAUGACAAAGGAGAUGAUCAUCAUGACGAUGAAAUUGAUGAUGAUGAUGAUGAUGAUCUUGGUGGAGAUGGUAUUGGUGCUGGUCAGGAUGAGGCUCACACGGGGGAUGUUCGUAACGAUGAGGGUGUUGUUGUCCCCGAGGUUGUUUCGAGGGAUGAUGAUACCGGCAAGGUGGAUGAUGCCAAGAAUUCUGACCCUGUGGAACCUCUUGUAGAGAUCAAACAGGUGUAUUUCUUGUUUGGCCAUCAUUUUUUUGUGCUCUUUGUGUGUAUUUUUGUGUUUUGUGUUUGUUUUAAUAGUUUUUUAAUGUUUUUUUUGUUGUCAGCCUGAACAGUCUCAAGGUGGGGAGGAGAACAUUGAUGUUGAUGCAACAAUUGCAUCUGCUGUUAAAGCUGUGGAGAAUUUGGUUUGUAUUUCUCUUUUUGUUCCUUUGUAAUUUGUGUUUAUCUAGUAUUCUAUUGUUGUUUUUAUAGUGU